AUGUUAUUUAAACAAAAUAAUAAACAUGUCAACAAAUGGAAAAUCUCAUCUACUGUAGAUUUGAAAAAAUUCUUUAUCAUUAUUUGUUUACCUAUAAUUGAAAUGAUUAUUACUACAAUACUCAUGUGUAAAUUUUGUGAUAAAUGUAAGGACAUUGAUCAAUAUAAAUGGUAUCUAUUAGGUUUAAUACCAAGUUCCGUAAUUUUCUCACUUCUAAUGGUCACUAUUCGUGAUAUGCGUGCACGUUUCCCAAUUAAUUAUGUCUUCUUGUUUUUAAAUACUCUGUUAUUAUGUUACGCAUUUGUACCACCAAUACUAGGGAUAAAAAUGGAAUAUAUAAUGGUAUCCUUUAGUGCCGCAGCAGUUAUUACAUUUUCAAUGAUAAUACUCGGGAUAUUCAUCAAAGUUAAAAUUUCUCCUGUUUUGUUGAUUACUGUUUCAAGCAGUUUCAUCAUUGCAGGGCUUACAAUAUCUGUGGCAUUGUAUUUUACCCACAAAGAAAUAGCACUUCAUGUAAUGGGAACAUUUUUUAUCUUGUCAGUUUUACCGGUCUUGUUAUUUAUUGGCCAGCAGCUGAAAAUUGAAUACUCUCCAUGGAUGCUUCCCUCCUAUUAUAUAUUAUAUGCUGUACUGGUGUCAGUAAUAUAUUUGUUCAUAUUCUAUUCAAUCGCUGUGCAAUUUUUAAAUCACAGAAACAAAUCAACACGUUAUAGCUGUUAA